AUGAAAGUAACUCUUUCAUCAGAUGGUGAGAUGAAAGUACCUCUUUCAUCAGAUGCUGAGAUGAAAGUACCUCUUUCAUCAGAUGGUGAGAUGAAAGUAACUCUUUCAUCAAAUGGUGAGAUGAAAGUACCUCUUUCAUCAAAUGGUGAGAUGAAAGUAACUCUUUCAUCAGAUGGUGAGAUGAAAGCAACUCUUUCAUCAGAUGGUGAGAUGAAAGUACCUCUUUCAUCAGAUGGUGAGAUCAAAGUAACUCUUUCAUCAGAUGGUGAGAUGAAAGCAACUCUUUCAUCAGAUGUGAGUUUCCCUGUCAUCGCCAGUGUGGGGCACGGGCUCAUUUUCCUCAUGUACUUGCCCCCCUUCCCCCUCCUCCCUCUGCUGGUCAGCGCCAAGGCUUUCGACCUUGACCUGGUGGGCCUGGUGUCGCCCCAUUCUCCCGCUUUCCAUCACCCCGCCCCAUUCUCCCGCUUUCCAUCACCCCGCCCCAUUCUCCCGCUUUCUAUCACCCCGCUCCAUUCUCCCGCUUUCCAUCACCUCGCCCCAUUCUCCCGCUUUCUAUCACCCCGCCCCAUUCUCCCUCUUUCCUUCACCCCGCCCCGUUCUCCCGCUUCCCAUCAGCCCGCCCCAUUCUCCCUCUUCCCAUCACCCCGCCCCAUUCUCCCGCUUUCGAUCACCUCGCCCAAUGCUCCGCUUUCCAUCACCCCGCCCUAUUCUCCCGCUUUCCUUCACCCCGCCCCAUUCUCCCGCUUUCCAUCACCCCGCCCCAUUCUUCCACUUUCCAUCACCCCCCUCCAUUCUCCCGCUUUCCAUCACCGCGCCCCAUUCUCCCGCUUUCUAUCACCCCCCCUCCAUUCUCCCUCUUUCCUUCACCCUGCCCCAUUCUCCUGCUUCCCAUCACCCCGCCCCAUUCUCCCUGUUCCCAUCACCCCGCCCCAUUUUCCCGCUUUCGAUCACCCCGCCCCAUUCUCCCGCUUUCCAUCACCCUGCCCCAUCCUCCCGCUUUCCAUCACCCCGCCCCAUUCUCCCGCUUUCCAUCACCCCGCCCCAUUCUCCCUCUUUCCAUCACCCCGCCCCAUUCUCCCGCUUUCCAUCACCCCGCUCCAUUCUCCUGCUUUCCAUCACCCCGCCCCAUUCUCCCGCUUUCCAUCAUCCCGCCCCAUUCUCCCGCUUUCCAUCACCCCGCCCCAUUCUCCAACUUUCCAUCACCCCGCCCCAUUCUCCCGCUUUCCAUCACCCCGCCCCAUUCUCCCGCUUUCCAUCACCCCGCCCCAUUCUCAUGCCUUCCAUCACCCCGCCCCAUUCUCCCGCUUUCCAUCACCCCGCCCAUUCUCCCACUUUUCAUCACCCCGCCCCAUUCUCCCGUUUUCCAUCACCCCGCCCCAUUCUCUCGCUUUCCAUCACCCCGCCCCAUUCUCCCGCUUUCCAUCACCCCGCCCCAUUCUCCCUCUUUCCAUCACCCCGCCCCAUUCUCCCCCUUUCCAUCACCACGCCCCCAUACUCCCGCAUUCCAUCACCUCGCCCCAUUCUCCCGCUUUCCAUUACCCCGCCCCAUUCUCCCGCUUUCCAUCAACCCGCCCAUUCUCUUACUUUCCAUCACCCCGCCCCAUUCUCCCGCUUUCCAUCACCCCGCCCCAUUCUCCCUCUUUCCAUCACCCCGCCCCAUUCUCCCUCUUUCCAUCACCCCGCCCCAUUGUCCCUCUUUCCAUCACCCCGCCCCAUUCUCCCGCUUUCCAUCACCCCGCCCCAUUCUUUCGAUUUCUAUCAUCCCGCCCCAUUCUCCAGCCUCUUUCCAUCACCCCGCCCCAUUCUCCCGCUUUCCAUCACCCCGCCCCAUUCUCCCGCUUUCCAUCACCCCGCCCCAUUCUCCCUCUUUCGAUCACCCCGCCCCAUUCUCCCACUUUCCAUCACCCCGCCCCAUUCUCCCGCCUCUUCAUCACCCCGCCCCAUUCUCCCGCUUUCCAUCACCCCGCCCCAUUCUCCCGCUUUCCAUCACCCCGCCCCAUUCUCCAGCUUUCCAUCACCCCGGCCCAUUCUCCACAUUCCAUCACCCCGCCCCAUUCUCCCGCUUUCCAUCACCCCGCCCCAUUCUCCCGCUUUCCAUCACCCCGCCCCAUUCUCCUGCUUUCCAUCACCCCGCCCCAUGCUCCCGCUUUCCAUCACCCCGCCCCAUUCUCCCGCUUUCCAUCGCCCUUCCCCAUUCUCCCUCAUUCCAUCACCCCGCCUCAUUCUCCCUUUUUACAUCACCCCGCCCCAUUCUCCCUCUUCCAUCACCCCGCCCCAUUCUUCCGCUUUCCAUCACCCCGCCCCAUUCUCCCGCUUUCCAUCACCCCGCCCCAUUCUCCUGCUUUCCAUCACCCCGCCCCAUGCUCCCGCUUUCCCAUCACCCCGCCCCAUUCUCCCGCUUUCCAUCGCCCUGCCCCAUUCUCCCGCUUUCCAUCAUCCCGCCCCAUUCUCUUGCUUUCCAUCACCCUGCCUCAUUCUACCUCUUUUCAUCAUCCCGCCCCAUUCUCCCUUUUUACAUCACCCCGCCCCAUUCUCCCUCUUCCAUCACCCCACCCCAUUCUUCCGCUUUCCAUCACCCUGCCCCAUUCUCCCGCUUUCCAUCACCCCGCCCCAUUCUCCCGCUUUCCAUCACCCUGCCCAUUCUCCACAUUCCUUCACCCCGCCCAAUUCUCCCACUUUCCAUCACCCCGCCCCAUUCUCCCGCUUUCCAUCACCCCGCCCAUUCUCCCGCUUCCCAUCACCCCGCCCCAUUCUCCCUCUUUCCAUCACCCCGCCCCAUUCUCCCUCUAUCCAUCACCCCGCCCCAUUCUCCCGCUUUCCAUCAGCCCGCCUCAUUCUCCCGCUUUCCAUCACCCGCCCCACGCUUUCCAUCGCCCUGCCCUAUACUCCCGCUUUCCAUCACCCCGCCCCAUUCUCUUGCUUUCCAUCACCCUGCCCCAUUCUUCCGCUUUCCAUCACCCCGCCCAUUCUCGCUCUUUCACUCACCCCGCCCCAUUCUCACGCUUUCCAUCACCCCGCCCCAUUCUCCCGCUUUCCAUCACCCCGCCCCAUUCUCCCGAUUUCCAUCACCCCGCCCCAUUCUCCCGCUUUCCAUCACCCCGCCCCAUUCUCCCGCUGUCCAUCACCCCGCCCCAUUCUCCCGCUUUCCAUAACCCCGCCCCAUUCUCCCUCUUUCCAUCCUUCCGCACCAUUCUCCCAGUUUCCAUCACCCCGCCCCAUUCUCCCGCUUUCCAUCACCCCGCGCCAUUCUCCCGCUUUCCAUCACCCCGCCCCAUUCUCCCGCUUUCCAUCACCCCGCCCCAUUCUCCCGCUUUCCAUCACCCCGCCCCAUUCUCCCGCUGUCCAUCACCCCGCCCCAUUCUCCCGCUUUCCAUAACCCGCCCCCAUUCUCCCUCUUUCCAUCCUUCCGCCCCAUUCUCCCGGUUUCCAUCACCCCGCCCCAUUCUCCCGCUUUCCAUCACCCCGCGCCAUUCUCCCGCUUUCCAUCACCCCGCCCCAUUCUCCCGCUUUCCAUCACCCCGGCCCCAUUCUCUCGCUUUCCAUCACCCCGCCCCAUUUUACCUCUUUCCAUCACCCCGUUCCAUUCUCCCUCUUUCCGUCACCCCACCUCAUUCUCCCUCUUUCCAUCACCCCGCUCCAUUCUCCCUCUUUCGAUCACCCCGCCCCAUUCUCCCGCUUUCCUUCACCCCACCCCAUUCUCCUGCUUUCCAUCACCCCGCCCCAUUCUCCCGCUUUCCAUCACCCCGCCCCAUUCUCCCUCUUUCGAUCACCCCGCCUCAUUCUCCCGCUUUCCAUCACCCCGCCCCCUUCUCCCGCUUUCCAUCACCCCGCCCCAUUCUCCCUCUUUCUAUCACCCCGCCCCAUUCUCCCGCUUUCCAUCACCCCGCCCCAUUCUCCCGCUUUCCAUCACCCCACCCCACUUUCCAUCACCCCGCCCUAUUCUCCCUCUUUCCAUCACCCCGCCCCAUUCUCCCGCUUUCCAUCACCCCGCCCCGUUCUCCCACUUUCCAUCACCCCGCCCCAUUCUCCCGCUUUCCAUCACCCCGCCCCAUUCUCCCGCUUUCCAUCACCACGCCCCAUUCUCCCGCUUUCCAUCACCCCGCCCCACUCUCCAACUUUCCAUCACCCCGCCCCAUUCUCCCGCUUUCCAUCACCCCGCCCCAUUCUCCCGCUUUCCAUCACCCAGCCCCAUUCUCCCGCUUUCCAUCACCCCGCCCCAUUCUCCCGCUUUCCAUCACCCCGCCCCAUUCUCCCGCUUUCCAUCACCCCGCCCCAUUCUCCCGCUUUCCAUCACCCCGCCCCAUUCUCCCGCUUUCCAUCACCCCGCCCCAUUCCCCCUCUUUCCAUCACCCUGCCCCAUUCUCCUGCUUUCAAUCACCCCUCCCUAUUCUCCCGCUUUCCAUCACCCCGCCCCAUUCUCCCGCUUUCCAUCACCCCGCCCCAUUCUCCCGCUUUCAAUCACCCCGCCCCAUUUUUCCCGCUUUCCAUCACCCCGCCCCAAUCUCCUGCUUUCCAUCACCCUGCCCCAAUCUUCCGCUUUCCAUCACCCCGGCCCAUUCUCCCUCCUUCCAUCACCCCGCCCCAUUCUCCCGCUUUCCAUCACCCCGCCCCAUUCUCCCGCUUUCCAUCACCCCGCUCCAUUCUCCCGCUUUCCAUCACCCCGCCCCAUUCUCCCGCUUUCCAUCACCCCGCCCCAUUCUCCCGCUUUCCAUCACCCCGCCCCAUUCUCCCUCCUUCCAUCACCCCGCCCCAUUCUCCCGCUUUCUAUCACCCCGCCCCAUUCUCCCUCCUUCCAUCAACCCGCCCCAUUCUCCCUCCUUCCAUCACCCCGCCCCAUUCUCCCGCUUUCCAUCACCCCGCCCCAUUCUCCAGCUUCCCAUAACCCCACCCCAUUCUCCUGCUUUCCAUCACCCCGCCACAUUCUCCCGCUUUCCAUCACCCCGCCCCAUUCUCCUUCCUUCCAUCACCCCGCCCCAUUCUCCCUCCGUCCAUCACCCCGCCCCAUUCUCCCGCUUUCCAUCACCCCGCCCCAUUCUCCCGCUUUCCAUCACCCCACCCCAUUCUCCUGCUUUCCAUCACCCCGCCCCCUUCUCCCUCCUUCCAUCACCCCGCCCCAUUCUCCCUCCUUCCAUCACCCCGCCCCAUUCUCCCGCUUUCCAUCAGCCCGCCCCAUUCUCCCGCUUUCAAUCACCCCACCCCUUUCUCCCGCUUUCCAUCUCCCCGCCCCAUUCUCCCGCUUUCCAUCACCCCGCCCCAUUCUCCCACUUUCCAUCACCCCGCCCCUUUCUUCCGCUUCCCAUCAUCCCGCCCCAUUCCCCCGCUUUCCAUCAUCCGCCCCAUUCUCCCGCUUUCCAUCACCCUGCCCCAAUCUUCCGCUUUCCAUCACCCCGCCCCAUUCUCCCUCCUUCCAUCACCCCGCCCCAUUCUCUCGCUUUCCAUCACCCCGCCCCAUUCUCCCGCUUUCCAUCACCCCGCCCCAUUCUCCCGCUUUCCCAUCACCUCGCCCCAUUCUCCCGCUUUCCAUCACCCCGCCCCAUUCUCCCUACUUCCAUCACCCCGCCCCAUUCUCCCGCUUUCCAUCAUCCCACCCUCCCCAUUCUCCCGCUUUCCAUCACCCCGCCUCAUUCUCCCGAUUCCCAUCAACCCGCCCCAUUCUCCCGCUUUCUAUCACCCAUCCCCAUUCUCCCUCCUUCCAUCACCUCGCCCCGUUCUCCCGCUUUCCAUCACCCCGCCCCAUUCUACCACUUUCCAUUACCUCGCCCCUUUCUCCGGCUUUCCAUCACCCUGCCCCAUUCUCCCGCUUUCCAUCAACCUGCCCCAUUCUCCCCGCUUUCCAUCACCCUGCCCGAUUCUCCCUCCUUCCAUCACCCCACCCCAUUCUCCCGCUUUCCAUCACCCCGCCCCAUUCUCCUGCUCUCCAUCACCCCGCACCAUUCUCCCGCAUUCCAUCACCCCUCCCCAUUCUCCUGCUUUCCAUCACCCUGCUCCAUUCUCCCUCCUUCCAUGACCCCGCCCCAUUCUCCCUCCAUCCAUCACCCCGCCCUAUUCUCCCAAUUUCCAUCACCCCACCCCAUUCUCCCGCUUUCCAUCACCCCGCCUUAUUCUCCCGCUUUCCAUCACCUCGCCCCAUUCUCCCGCUUUCCAUCACCCCGCCCCAUUCUCCGCUUUCCAUCACACGCCCAUUCUCCCGCUUUCCAUCACCCCGCACCAUUCUCCCGCUUUUCAUUACCCCGCCCCAUUUUCCUGCUUCCCAUCAUCUCGCCCCAUUCUCCCGCUUUCCAUCACCCUGCCCCAUUCUCCCUCCUUCCAUCACCCCACCACAUUCUCCCGCUUUCCAUCACCUCGCCCCAUUCUCCCGCUUUCCAUCACCCCGCCCCAUUCUCCCGCUUUCCAUCACCCCGCCCCAUUCUCCUGCUUUCCAUCACCCGCCCCCAUUCUCCCGCUUUCCAUCACCCCACCCCAGUCUCCCGCUUUCCAUCACCCCGCCCUAUUCUCCCGCUUUCCAUCACCCCGCCCCAUUCUCCCGCUUUCCAUCACCCCACCCCAUUCUCCCGCUUUCCAUCACCCCGCCCCAUUCUCUCGCUUUCCUUCACCCCUCCCCAUUCUCCCGCUUUCUAUCACCCCGCCCCAUUCUCCCACGUUUCUAUCACCCCACCCCAUUCUCCCGCUUUCCAUCACUCCGCCCCAUUCUCUCUCCUUCCAUCACCCCGCCCCAUUCUCCCGCUUUCCAUCACCCCGACCCAUUCUCCCACUUUCCAUCACCCCGCCCAAUUCUCUGGAUUUCCGUCACCCUGCCCGAUUCUCCCUCUUUCCGUCACCCCGCCCCAUUCUCCCGCUUUCCAUCAUCCAGCCCCAUUCCCCCGCUUUUCAUCACCCCGCCCUAUUCUCCCUCUUUCCAUCACCCCGCCCCAUUCUCCCUCCUUCCAUCACCCCGCCCCAUUCUACCGCUUUUCCAUCACCCCGCCACAUUCUUCCACUUUCCAUCACCCCGCCCCAUUCUCCCUCCUUCCAUCACCUCGCCCCAUUCUCCCGCAUUCCAUCACCCCGCCCCAUUCUCCCGCAUUCCAUCACCCCGCCCCAUUCUCCCGCUUUCCAUCACCCUGCCCCAUUCUCCCGCUUUCUAUCACCCCACCCAUUCUUCCGCAUUCCAUCACCCCGCCCCAUUCUCCCCGCUUUCCAUCACCUCGCCUCACUCUCCCGCUUUCCAUCACCCCGCCCCAUUCUCCCGGUUUCCAUCACCCCGCCCCCUUCUCCCUCCUUCCAUCACCCCGCCCCAUUCUCCCUCCUUCCAUCACCCCGCCCCAUUCUCCCGCUUCCCAUCAUCCCGCCCCAUUCCGCUCCUUUCCGUCACCCCCUCCCCAUUCUCCCUCCUUCCAUCACCCAGCCCCAUUCUCCCGCUCUCCAUCACCCCGCCCCAUUCUCCCGCUUUCCAUCACCUCGCCCCAUUCUCACGCUUUCCAUCGCCCCGCCCCAUUUACCCGCUUUCCAUCACCCCGCCCCAUUCUCCCGCUCUCCAUCACCCCGCCCCAUUCUCCCGCUUUCUAUCACCUCGCCCCAUUCUCACGCUCUCCAUCACCCCGCCCCAUUCACCCUCUUUCCAUCACCCCGCCCCAUUCUCCCGCUUUCCAUCACCCCCCGCUAUUUACCCUCUUUCCAUCACCCCCCCCCAUUCUCUCCGCUUUCUAUAACCCCGUCCCAUUCUCCCGCUUUCCAUCACUCCACCCCAUUCUCCCGCUUUCCAUCACCCCGCCCCAUUCUCCCGCUUUCCAUCACCCCGCCCCAUUCUCCCUCCUUCCAUCACCCUGCCCCAUUCUCCCGCUUUCCAUCACCCCGCGCCAUUUUCCCUCUUUCCAUCACCCCGCCCCAUUCUCCUGCUUUCCAUCACCCCGCCCCAUUCUCUCGCUUUCCAUCACCCCGCCCCAUUCUCCCUCCUUCCAUCACCCCGCCCCAUUCUCCCACUUUCUAUCAGCCCGUCCCAUUAUCCCGCUUUCCAUCACCCCGCCCCUUUCUCCCCGCUUUGCAUCUCCCCACCCCAUUCUCCCGCUUUCCAUCACCCCGCCCCAUUCUCCCGCUUUCCAUCACCCCGCCCCAUUCUCCCACUUUCCAUCACCCCGCCCCAUUCUCCCUCCUUCCAUCACCCCGCCUCAUUCUACCUCCUUCAUUCUACCUCCUUCCAUCACCCCGCCCCAUGCUCCCGCUUUCCAUCAUCCCCGCCCCAUUCUCCCGCUUUUCAUCACCCCGCCCCAUUCUCCCGCUUUCCAUCACCCCGCCCAUUCUCACCGCUUUCCAUCACCCCGCCCCAUUCUCCCUCCUCUCGAUCACCCCGCCCCAUUCUCCCGCUUUCCACCACCCGCCCCAUGCUCCCGCUUUCCAUCACCCCGCCCCAUUCUCCCAUCACCCCGCCCCAUUCUCUCGCUUUCAAUCACCACGCCCCAUUCUCCCGCUUUCCAUCACCCCGCCCAUUCUCCCCCCUUUCCAUCACUCCGCCCACAUUCUCCCGCUUUCCAUCACCCCCCGCUAUUUUCCCGCUUUCCAUCACCCCGCCCCAUUCUCCCUCUUUCCAUCACCCUGCCCCAUUCUCCUCAUCCAUCACCCCACCCAAUUCUCCCGCUUUCCAUCACCCCCCUGCCCCAUUCUCCCUCUUUCCAUCACCCCGCCCCAUUCUCCCGCUUUCUAUCACCCCGCCCCAUUCUCCCUCUUUCCAUAACCCCGCCCCCAUUCUCCCGCUUUCCAUCACCCCGCCCCAUUCUCCCUCUUUCCAUCACCCCGCCCCGUUCUCCCGCUUUCCAUCACCCCGCCCCAUUCUCCCGCUUUCCAUCACCCCGCCCCAUUCUCCUGCUUUCCAUCACCCCGCCCCAUUCUCCCUCUUUCCAUCACCCCGCCCCAUUCUCCGCUUUCCAUCACCCCGCCCCAUUCUCCAUCUUUACAUCACCCCGCCCCACUCUCCCGCCUUCCAUCACCCCGCCCCAUUCUCCAUCUUUCCAUCACCCUGCCCAAUUCUCCCGCCUUCCAUCACCCCACCCCAUUCUCCUGUCUUCCAUCACCCCGCCCCAUUCUCCCUCUUCCAUCACCCCACCCAAUUCUCCCGCCUUCCAUCACCCCGCCCCAUUCUCCCGCUUUCCAUCACCCCGCCCCAUUCUCCCUCUUUCCAUCACCCCGCUCCAUUCUCCCGCUUUCUAUCACCCCGCACCAUUCUCCCGCUUUCCAUCACCCCGCACCAUUCUCCUGGUUUCCAUCACCCUGCAUCCAUUCUCCCGCUUUCCAUCACCUCGCCCAAUUCUCCCUCUUUCCAUCACCCCACCCCAUUCUCCCUCUUUCCAUCACCCCGCCCCAUUCUCCAUCUUUCCAUCACCCCGCCCCAUUAUCCCUCUUUCCAUCACCCCGCCCCAUUCUCCCACUUUCCAUCACCCCGCCCCAUUCUCCCGCUUUCCAUCACAACGCCCCAUUCUCCCUCUUUCCAUCACCCCGCCCCAUUCUCCUGCUUUCGAUCACCCCGCCCCAUUCUCCCGCUUUCCAUCACCCCGCCCCAUUCUCCCGCUUUCCAUCACCCCGCCCUAUUCUCCCUCUUUCCAUCACCAUGCCCCAUUCUCCUGCUUUCCAUCACCCCUCCCCAUUCUCCCGCUGUCCAUCACCCCGCCCCAUUCUCCCGCUUUCCAUCACCGCGCCCCAUUCUCCCUCUUUCCAUCACCCCGCCCCAUUCUCCCGCUUUCGAUCACCCCGCCCCAUUCUCCCGCUUUCCAUCACCCCGCCCCAUUCUCCCGCUUUCCAUAA